GGAGCGCAAGACAUUCGCCAAGCGCUGCGGGAAGGACGAUGAUAAUCAACCGGUGGAAAUGAGGAAGCGACCUGACACCGAGCUCGACUUUGGCGAGGUCAAAGCCGCAGUCGAGAAAUACCUGUCCGUCAGGUGCGGAGAAUACAACUACCACGCAGCCGUGCCAUUGUUACUCACAACGUUGACGAACUACUUCUAUGACCUGCACGUCCGUUUGAUGGAUACGAUCGUCGAUGCGGCCAUGGCCAACGCCGAGAGGGCUAAUAGGGCUGCUUUGCACGUUCGGGAUUUUGCGGUGGAGUAUACUAUGCUCGUCCAACAAUCGCUCUUAGCAAUUGCUGAACAUGAUAUCCGUGUAUGGCAUGCUUCGAAGGGGGACGAAGAGAGCAUGAAUUGCCAUUUCAAGAAUCAUGUCAAAUUCAACGCGCCGCCGGAUUUCAGAGAACACACGCAAGAGACCGGAUAUGUGAUCUCAAUAGCCGAUAAAGAAUCGUGGAAGCGCACUGAGGAGGCCAUGCGUUCUGCGCGAACGAUCUUCCAAAACAAAUCGCAAGACAUGGCGAAGCUCAGGGAGAAACAGAAAGCCGCCGACCGCCUGAAGCGCCUCCAAAAUAAGCUGGACGCAGCAAAGCCAUCGACACCCGCUGCCUUAGUUGAUGGGAAGUGUUCGAACUGCGGAAUCCCUCUUCAGAUGCCGCAUGCGACCCAAUCUGACCCGGGCGCGGCGCAAGGGGAAGACCGGAAUGUGCAUCCACCCGAAGACGAAUCGCGGCCGCAGCCAGGGCGGCCUGUUCCAACCUCAGUUCCUCGUGGUCAGGGGCGAAACAAACGCGGCGUCUCCGUUUCCCAGAGGAAGACCAAGAAAUUUGUGCGAUCCUCGGCUGGUCAGGACAUAGCCAAGGUUUCAUCCUGUCCCAGUGGUUCGGACCCACUGUCGGGCGCGUCAGCACCUGCCGGACCAUUCACCUUCACGUCAUCCAUGCAAGCAAUCGUUGAUCCUACACCGGCCGCGUCGGCUUCCACGGGCCCGUUUUCCCUCGUCCUGGAGCCAUCUGAAGUCAGCUCACCGAAUAUACCACGAUGCCCUGUGCUCUGCGGCCUUGAUGCUCAACCUUCAUCCAGUGCACUACCGAGCGCUGACCUCCGCAUAGGCACGGGCCCUGACCAGGACGCGCAGGGUCAAGCCGCCGGCUCGCUACUGCCCGCCCACCAUGAGCCCGAUUCGACCGCAACACCACAAUGUCGGUUGCCGAACCAGUCUCGGCCCCAAGACUUCGAGAACGAACGAGCCAGACCAUCGCCGACCAUUGUCAUACCCGCUCGCGCGCGCAGCCAGUCCUGCUCGAGUGCUACUUCGUCCACUCUCGUUACGCCCGUUGACGCCAACAUUACGCCAGGGGGAAGGCACGCUACGCCACCGGUGUUCUACAAGGGAGGCAAAAAGGUUCCGCCGCCCCACGCCGCCCCAACUCCGGAAUCCGUCAACGCUCCCCCGAAGAAGUCAACCGAUAAAGCUACUCCCUCAACUAGCGCAGCAAAUGCAUCUGCCGGCUCCAUGCCGCCGCCACCGGUGCCAGGCUCACGCGUCGGUGUUCAUGCUGGCAUGUCCUCGACGCCGCCGAUAACGACCAGUGAUGCUAUGUCCGCCGCCGCCGCCGCCGCGGCGAAGCAGCCUCGUGGCAUCGAGGAGGCCGCUUCGCCUCUGGAUCCACCUGCUUCUACCGCCCGAAGGGAGCGUGGAGGCGCGCGAACACGCGCACAAGAGCCAUCGCAAGGUUCGCCAUCCGAUCCCGCGCCAACACCGCGACCGCAGACGCGUUCUCGUUCGCGCACGGCGACCGACCCCACGUCGUCCUUAUUGUCAGAGCCACUGAGACAGGCUGGGAACGUUACCAAGGCGCAUAAAACUCCGACCGCGUUGGCUGCGCCUCCGCCGGCACCUGACACAGGUGCGGCGGCGCAGACGCGCAAAUCCGGACGUGCACUUAAGAAACGCAAGCUGAACGACGUGGAGGAUGCGGAGGAUUGAUAUCGAUCGUGCUUCGCGAUCCAGAUGGCGUCCAUGCCGCGUCAACCAUGUAUCGUAAACAUGUACGUGCUUUGCGCACCAAUGCUAAUCCUGAC